AAGAAGGGAAUCAUUCGUUUUCAGUUUUUUAACGGUUCGUCGAAGUUGGGAGCGGAACGGGGAUACGGUCACCGGGUUCGGAUUAGGCGAGGGUAACCGGGCUGACGUGGAUCACGAGGAACCGGAGGAACAGGGGCCGUCCGAUCGGCAGUUCGCCGUGACCGGCCUAGCGCGCGGGGUGAGGUCACCGUCGAAACCCAUUACGCGUUCGUCGGGAAUUAUUUUUUUGUCUUCAGUUUUGAGUGCCGAGAGAGAAGAAAGCGAGGCGGGGGUCGAGACGCGAUCCAAGGUUUUAGAGAUCGGAGGGGGGAUUAGCUUUCGAUGGGGGUGGUGAUCGAGAGGGAGGUGUGGGAGCCGAAACCGAUCUCUUAUGUGUUCCUCUUCGCGUUGUGCUUCGCGUCCAUCUCCCUUCUCCCCUUCCGCUCGAGGAGCGGCGGCGCCGCCAGAGGCACUGCCGCCUCCUCGCUCUUCGAUCUCGGGCCUACGGCGCCGUUCCUGCGGUUCCAGAGGAAUUUCUUGCUCCUCUACUCCCUUGCCUCAGUAAUGGAAGGGCUUGAGUCGGUGUUUGGGGAGUACGAGUAUGCGCAUUAUGGAAUUCUUAGGGGGCAGAUGGCGAUGUGUCUCGCCGCUGGAGCUGCUGCUGCUCUCUUUGUGGGUCCUCUCUUAGGCAUUGUUUCUGAUGUCAUAGGCCCAAGAAAGGCUUGUCUGCUAUUCUGCAUCCUUCAUCUUCUUCUGGGUGUCUUGAAAAUCAUAAGCAGGCAUCCAAGUGUAUGGGUAGCAAGUAUAUGCCUAUCACUUGCUUCAUCUGUUUUCUCCUUCUGCUUUGAGACAUGGAUGGUAACUGAACAUGAGAAGCAAGGUCACAGGCAGGAUUUUCUAAGUGACACCUUUUGGCUAAUGACCUUUUUUGAAUCUGCAUCUCUUGUUGGAAGUCAAGGACUGGCAAAUUUAUUAUUCAAGGAUUUUGGCAAAGGAUUCUUUCCCCCCUCUGCUCCAGCUGCGCUGGUGGCAAUUAUAAGCAUUCUCUAUAUCCAGAAAGAAUGGAAUGGAUGUCAGCAACAAUCAAUUAUUGGGACUUACAGAAAAUCAUUCUCUGCACACAUUCUUAAUGACCGCAGGAUAUGGCUGCUUUCAUGGGCUCAAUCAAGCAUCCAUUUUUCGACGUCAAUUUUUUGGAUUCUUUGGGCACCAACCAUAGUGGCAGAUGGGAGGGAGGUUCAUUUAUCUCGAUUGUACCCAUGUUUCAUUGGCUCAAGAAUGCUUGGCAGCACUGCUUUUCCGUGGUUCUUUGGUGGGGUAUCAUCACUCCGUAAUGAAGAAUACGUCAUAACUGCAUAUGUUGUUGCUGGUUUAUCUUUAUUAGUUGUAUCUUAUGAUUAUCAGGAGAUUGGUGUUCUAGUAAUGCUGUUCUGUGUCUACCAUGCUUGUGUUGGCUUCAUUUUACCUUCACUUGCAAGAUUUAGGACAAUGUACGUCCCAAAUGAACUGCGUGGGGGCAUGAUAAGCUUCUCCUUGGCACCAGCAAGUGCAGCAGUUCUCUUAGUUCUGAUACAAGGUGGUUAUCAUCAGAACCUUGCAAAUGCGAUGAUUAUGGCGCUUGCAGCGCUUGGGCUGUUGGCUGCUGCUGGUUGCAUUCAUUUACUGACAUCAUGGAGCAAACAACCACGCCCCAAUUGGCAUAAACCUUAAGCACAUAUUUAGAUUUGACCAGGAAAGGGUAGAUGAGCUGCAUUUAGAUUGUUCCCCCUGCUAGCAUUACACUGUUUGAAGUCCGAGGUACUCUCAGUUCAGUGGUUUCGGCAGCAUCAUCAUGUCAUGGGGCAGAUUAUAUGCUUCAGAGCAUUGCUGAGAUUGCGAAAUUUAACUGCUUCUAAACUUACUGAAACUAAGACCAACAAGCAGAGAGAGAGAUGUCAAAAAAUGAUUGUGUGGCCAUAGAAGAUGAUGGAAACCUAUAUGAAAGAGUACCCACGAGAUGAUAUAUAGACUCAGAGUGGUGGAGCUCUGGUUUGCACAGGCCAUACGCCUAUCCUUGUUUCAGAAGGGCAGAUCAAGUUUAUAUCUGCACAUAGUUCUGUAUAGAAUGGCAAUAAAAUUUUUCUGUAACAAGGAUAACAAGGUUUGAGAUUCUUUACCAUGAAGACAAGAAGUAACUUAAAGUGCCUGCUACUAUUCCCUCACAUGCUUCAAAUCUUCGACUGAUAGUGUGGCAUACAGUUUUUCAAGUAUUGCCCCUAUUAGUUUUCGGUAACCUGCAUGAGAGGAUCUGGAGCAGCACACUUUGUUAUUAGAGUGGUUGCUUUAAUAGAAAGAAUGCAUCAGCUACUAGAAA